UUGACUUUCUCCUUGAGGGCGGGCCUUCUCUAUGUAGUGACUACUGAGUAGUGACUACUCCGUAUUAUUUUCGCCCUAAUCAAACCCUUACUCAUAAAUCACUCAAUAGUGAAGAAACUGGGUUGAGCUUUGUUAGUGGGGAAUAGCACUUAGCAAUGGCGUCUUCUUCAUCGAAUAGCGGGUACGAGGUACCAUGGGUGGAGAAGUACCGACCCAGCAAAGUUUCCGACAUUGUCGGCAACGAGGAUGCUGUCUCUCGCCUCCAAGUCAUUGCUCGCGAUGGCAACAUGCCCAACCUCAUCUUGGCCGGUCCUCCGGGUACAGGAAAAACAACAAGCAUACUCGCUCUUGCACAUGAACUUUUAGGACCAAACUGCAAGGAAGGAGUUCUGGAGUUGAAUGCUUCAGAUGAUAGGGGAAUUGAUGUUGUCAGGAACAAAAUUAAAAUGUUUGCGCAGAAGAAAGUUACCCUCCCUCCUGGGCGACACAAGAUAGUUAUAUUGGAUGAAGCUGACAGCAUGACAUCUGGAGCUCAACAAGCUUUGAGAAGGACAAUGGAAAUAUACUCAAACACUACUCGCUUUGCGCUUGCAUGUAAUACAUCUUCAAAAAUCAUUGAGCCAAUUCAGAGUAGAUGUGCAUUGGUCCGGUUUACAAGGUUGUCAGAUCAAGAAAUUCUUGGUCGUCUCAUGAUAAUCAUUGAGGCUGAACAGGUUCCAUAUGUUCCAGAAGGUCUUGAAGCUAUAAUUUUCACUGCUGAUGGUGAUAUGCGGCAAGCUCUGAAUAACUUGCAGGCUACCUUCAGUGGAUUCCGAUUUGUCAACCAGGAAAAUGUCUUCAAGGUUUGUGAUCAGCCUCAUCCUUUGCACGUUAAGAACAUGAUCCGAAAUGUGCUUGAAGGAAAGUUUGAUGAUGCUUGUUCUGGUAUGAAAGGCCUCUAUGAUAUGGGUUACUCCCCUACUGACAUAAUCACUACACUUUUCCGUGUUGUUAAAAACUAUGACAUGGCCGAGUAUUUGAAGUUGGAAUUCAUGAAGGAAACUGGGUUUACCCAUAUGAGAAUUUGCGAUGGAGUUGGCUCCUAUCUUCAGCUAUGCGGACUUCUGGCUAAGCUAUCACUUGUCAGGGAGACAGCCAAAGCAGCCUGAUUACUCUGUUAGAUGGUUGAAGCAUGGUUCGCCUCCACCUGUUUCCAUUUUUCAGUGACUUCGGAUUGUGCAAAAAGUUUCUCCUCUGUAGAUUCAGCUGUUAUUUUGCGUAGGAGUUGAAUUGCUGUAAGAAAAUUGCAUUCCUUGCUUGUAUCUAGGCCCAGAGCCUGGGUUAUCUAGGAAUACAUACAAAUUUAAGUUUAUCCAGGCAUGCUUUUUCUCAAAGAAGGCUGAAAACCAGUUAGCUGAUCUACUUUUGCUUGUAGCUAAUGACGAUUUCUCACUGGUCAUGGAAUUGAAGCAGGGAAAUUUUUUGCUCUUUGGUGAUGUAAACAUGGGUUGAUUUAUAUAUUUUGUGGCUAAUGUCUUGUGCCUUCUUUGAA